AUGACAAUGGCUGAUCAAACAGUGCUGAUGAAAAUUAAUGCCGCUUUAACAGUGGUUAUGUUUGUUGGAGGUUUAAUCAAUAGUAUUUUGUCAGUACUGACAUUUCAAAAUAAAGAUUUACGACAAGUUGGAUGUGGCAUUUAUCUCUUAGCAUCAUCAAUUACAUCUUUUCUUACAAUUAGCAUGUUUACAGUGAAGUUUUGGUUUACUGUUCUCACUCAAAUGAAUCUGUCGAUCUCAGUUUCUGUUGUUCGAGGAGGUUGUGUAUCGAUCGAACCUCUUCUCAAACUUUGUCUAUAUUUGGAUGCUUGGCUCAAUGCUUGUGUGGCCGUUGAAAGAGCAAUUCUCGUUUUUAAAGGAAUCAACUUCAAUAAACAAAAAAGUCAACGUAUUGCUCGAUGGAUAAUUUUCAUCUUACCAUUCUGUGUCAUGGGUUCAAUCAUUCACGAACCUAUACAUCGCGAGUUACGUGAGUCGUUCAACAAAAAAAUGUCUUCAUAUUGCCUCGUAUUUGUGGCAAUUAUAGCUGUAAUCAGUACCAUCGUUGUUCAUGCUCAAUUUGAUGACACAAUGAUGGCAGUAGAUUUCGAUGGUCCACCUCCACCCAAAUGUCCGACUGCAGAUUCAGAUACAAUGACAAGCUCAAUCACUAUUCCCGGUGUAGAUUUGGCAUUACUGAGAGCACAAAAGAAUUCUUUUGAAUCAUGUUUUACCAGCCAGUUACAAUUAUCAUCGCCUUCAAAUAUUAAAGCGUCAGUGGAGGUGCAUAAAAUCCAACAGUUAGACAGUGGUGACUGUAAAAUAUCAUACAGAUGCUCAGGAGUCGGUGAUCAACCUUCAGCUGAAACUUGUUUGGGAACAAUACCAAAUAGUGAUGCAUUCCAAACCAUCCUUGCAAAAUGUUAUCGCGUCCAAAGUUAG